CAAAACAUAUCUGAACGCACCCCAGCAAUUAAUAAUUAAGUACAGCGUACCGGUAACUUUUUCUAUAAAUAGUACACAUUCGUGCAAUAUUUUUAUAUUAUUCACUUGUGGUGAAAAAAUAUGAACACAUCAUUCUCAAAUGUUUGACGUUAAACUUGUGUCUGGCCAAAAAAAUGAGAAAGCUGUCGUUUGACACAACCGAUACAAAUUAGCUUACGGAGAUAAAACACGUCAGUUUUGUGAUAUACUUAAUUCUUUGAGGUCUAGUUCCGAACAACAUAAUUUUCUGGUGAAGCAAGAUGCAGAUACCCUAUAUGAAAGUAGCGAUUUAUUCGCUAACAUUUCUCACCUACGCGUACACCGGAUAUGGAUCCAACAUGCUAGCUAGUCUACGCGAUGCAAUCAUUGCUGCUGAAGCUGUGUUUGGUGAUGUCCUCAAGAACGUAGUGUAUGUGGCUAAGAAAUUCAAGGUCGUUCAUGAGGUGUUUGAUGCUGCUGUAGACGAGAAUUGUAUUUACAAAUGUCCUGGAGACGUAACGCCUGCAAAGAACAAAUUCUACAUUUCACAAUCCGAUGGAUGUGGUUCGCUGGGGUUGAAGAUCGACACCGAAUAUUUGCCGGCCGCCGAAAUGGAACAGUGCUGCAAUGCCCAUGAUGUUUGUUAUGAUACAUGUAACAGCGAUAAAGAACUGUGUGAUCUGGAUUUCAAACGAUGUCUGUACAAGUAUUGCGAUGAGUACGAGAAAAAUGUCGUGGGGGAACUGGUAGUGAAGGGUUGCAAAGCAGCAGCGAAAAUGCUUUUUACGGGAACACUUACACUGGGAUGUAAAUCAUAUUUAGAUUCACAGGCUCGGUCCUGUUUUUGUCCGCCCGAGAAGACGGAUAAAGCCUACGAAAAAUCAGACAAGGGCAACGAGAAAUACGACAAAGCAUACGAGAAGUCCGAUAAGUAUUAUGACAAAGGUUAUAAGGAAAAGGACAAAGGUAAGGAUAAGAAUAGCGGAAAAUAUGGAUGGAAACACGAUCUGUAGAUAGCUGAGAGAGGUUGCACACUAGAAUAGGAAUAUAGUUGAACUAUAAAACUUUACUUUAAUUAGAUGAUUAGUAGCAUUUUAAGAACCUUUUUAACAGAAUUGUUUGAUAUUGGUGGAUCCUAAUGGGUAGUCGCCUAAGAUUUUCUUAUUAGGAAACAGAUCAUUGACGAUGUAGUCAGCAUCUCGAACGAAAAUGAAU